AUGACGACCAACAGGCCUUUUUUAGCCAACUUUCUCGCUGCCUUCAGGGCGCAAACCGCAUAUAAAACAGCGCCUUCAAAACCCCCUUCCCCGGGCCCGUCGUCAUCACAUAUCGGUUCUUCGUACGCUCCGCCAUCCGCCUCUUCAAAUACCGCCGGAGCUCGCACAAUAGGAAGCAAAGCUACGGCAAAUCCAGCUCCUUCGAAUCCACAACAGUCAAACACCAACUCUAUUGCUGCCGCUGCCGCCGCAUCGUCAACAUCAAACCACUUCUCCUCCCAUCACCACUCCCAUCAUCAUCAUACCCAUGCUCAUGCCCAUACUCAUUCGCAUACUCCAUCUCCUUCAUCCCGCGCCCCAAUAAGCUCUACCAGCCAUACUAGCUCCUCGGCAGCUGCCCAGACAUCCACAGUUUCCAAUUCCACGACCUCUCCGAUACCAGUUCCAACACCUUCAUCUUCAACCUCUGCAGUCCCAUUUUCGUCAUAUGAUAGGAAUAGACGGGGAAGCGACAGCAGUAGUGGUAGCGGAGGGUUUAGGGAUGCUCUUGGACCGGAGAAGUGGUAUAUUGGGGGUCGAACAACAAGUGGAGAGGAACGACUAUAUCAACUCGGAAUGGUGACCAAGGGUGGUGGUAGGCUAGGAGGUGGAAUGCGUGUGGGCAGCGUUGACCAACUAAGCCUUUGA